GUAAAAUGAUGAAGAAAUAGGAUCAGUAAAUGUGAAAUCCCUAUAAAUUGAACCAUUUUAAGCUUCCAUUUUUAUUUGAUUUUUUUUUUUAGCAAAGCGUUAAUUUAGAACUGUCUGUGAGAAAUUAUUGUGGAAGAUGACGGUUGAGCACCCCUAGUUACGCAAUGGGUUAGUUCAUCAUUACUGUACAGCGGAAGGAGGAGGACGUCAAUAUACAACAGCUUAUUUAUCCCACCAGGAGAAAUUCAUACUAUGUGGCUACCUAGGUAACUACCAAGUUAAAAAUCCACGACACAAUGCAAGCAUAGAUGACAACCCACCCCUCUAAACAGACCAACCACUUCAACUUUAAACAAUUCUCUCAUCCAACAUCCCAGUCCUCUCUUCAAUGCCUAACAGUGGGGAUAGUUCAGGACCUAAUGUAUCUGGGAGUGAGCCAGGCGACCAGGCUAUGCCCUUGUCCCAGCGACCCCCACCCCCUGACAGAGAGGAUGACCAACGCGGCCUACUGACCACUCUCACCCGGGACUCCCUGAGGACCCGGAGAGCCUCCAGCGCUGAGCUCCAGCUCCCGUGGACCUGCCCUGUCACUCACUCCAGGGAGAAGUUCUACACGGUCUGCUCAGACUACGCCCUCCUCAACCAGGCUGCCUCUCUCUACCGGCUCCCCAGCACCCCCAGAGAGGUGGCCCACAGCAAGCAGGAUGGCAGCGGGACCCCAUUAGUGAAGUCCAACACUGUGGACCUGUCUCAGGGUCAGGGGCAGCCUGCAGGUGUAGAGGAGGCUUCAGAUGAAGACUUUGACAUGGAGGGGGUGUCCUGCAGCAACACCAAGCCUAUCCUGGCUUGGGAGAUUGAUACCACUAACUUUGAUGCUGUGCUAACUCGAAAGCCCAGGACAAGUAAGCAAAAUCAAUAACCUAAAUAAUAUAUAGUAUAAAACAGGGGUUCUGCUUGCUUUUGGAGACAUCAUUUCCAGUAUGUUUUUAGUCUCAUGAAUAUGCUUUGAAUGACUUAGUAUUGUUCUCAUGCUGAUUCAUCUGUUACUAAGAAAUAUGUGCCUGUAACUGUUGUUCAGACCAUCUGUUGUUGGUACCGUGGGAAUCGUAAGUAUU